AUGGCUUGGCGAUGGAUUUGGGGACGGUGGGGUUUCACUUCUCCGCGGGAAUGCAAGCCGCCGCGGAAGAAGGUCCAGGGUCGCUUGUGCCUUGGGCCGAGAGCGCCACCGGCUGCGGCAGAAGAAGCAGCGGCGGCGGCGGCAGCGGCGGCGCUGAAACCUGGUGUGCCGUCGAGCAGGACUCUGGAACGAUUUGGGCCUCGCCACGAGUCGUCCUCUCUCUCUCUCUCUCUCCUCCCCCAAAUUUGCCUCCGCUGCUUUCUCGCCGCCGAUUGUUCUGCCGGGGCGAGCGAGGGAGACGCGCUGUACGCGGCGAUGGCGAGCGGCGGCGGGGCGGUGAGGGAGGUGGGGUCGAGGGCGGAGCUGGACGCGGCGGUGGGCGGCGCGCGGCCCGCCGCGGUGCACUUGUGGGCGUCCUGGUGCGAGGCCUCCAAGCAGAUGGACGAGGUCUUGGCCCACCUCGCCGUCGACUUCCUCCGGAUUACAUACUUCUGUGUUCUUUCCUAG